CGGACCGGAAGAAGUUGAUGACGCUUCCGGCGCCCAGCAGCCCUGCGGUUGCCUCGGUGAUGUCGUGGGUUCAAAGGGCUCACUUGGUCGGGGGUCCCGGAGAGGAGGGGGACGUGUUUGACGAGGAAGGGGACGAGUCGCUCCUGGUGCAGCGGGAAUGGCGGAGCCACAUGCAGAGACGAGUCAAAGAAGGCUAUAGAGAUGGAAUAGAUGCCGGCAAAGCAGUUACUCUUCAACAAGGCUUCAACCAAGGUUACAAGGAAGGUGCCGAAAUCAUUAUAAACUAUGGACAACUCCGAGGAACAUUGAGUGCCUUGCUCUCCUGGUGUCACCUUCAUGAUAAUGGUUCAGCUCUGAUCAGUAAAAUAAAUAAUCUUCUGGAUGCAGUUGGCCAGUGUGAAGAGUACGUGCUCAAACAUCUAAAAUCAAUCACUUCCCCGCCCCACGUUGUAGAUUUAUUGGACUCUAUUGAGGAUAUGGACCUUUGUCACGUAGCUCCAGCCGAGAAAAAGAUGGAUGAAGCUAAAGAUGAAAGACUCUGUGAAAAUAACGCUGAGCUUCACAAAAACUGCAGCAAGAGCCUUAGUGAGGCAGGUUGUUCAUCUUUAGAAUGUUGUGGAGUACAGGACCGUGAACAUUCUGAAAACCCAAGCCUCACUUGGAUUUUAGAACAGACAGCCGGUUUAGUAAAACAGCUGGGAAUAUCACUCGACAUAUUACAGCACCUCAAACAACUAUAAAAAUUCUCUUCACUUUUUUGAUGAAAGUAAUGUUCAUAACAUGUCUUAGAACAUUUUUUUUUUAACAAACUAACCAAAAUUUGUACCAGUUUCUACGUUGAACACAUCACUUGUAGGUUAUCCUUCAUGGAAAUGUGCAAUAUCUUCAAAAUUAACACUAUUAAAUGUAAUAAGAGCUUU